UUCCGGUUGUCAUAUUGUACACAACACAGUGCCGACGAUCCGUGAAAUUAAUCACAAAUAAAUAGGAAAACCUAGCAGUUUCACAAACACAUCACGGUGAAUGGAAAACAAAGUGACAACUGAGUGUUACUUAUUAAAAACAGUGCAAAAAAUAGAAGGAUUACACAACAAUUGGAGUACAACAACCUACGGUCGUUUUGAGGUUAGAAGUGAAGUUCAUAAACAAAGACCUUAAUUAAAAACUGUCACCAACUCGUACAUCAAAAUCAACUGUCAGUAUCAUCCAGUGUUGCCAGCGAGAAGAAGUAAAACUCACCACUUGACAUAUACGGUUCGUUACACGCAAAAUAUGGAUGACCAAUUCCAACUACUGUUCGAUAAAAUGAAAGUUGAAAUGCAGAAGCAAACAGAAGAACUAACUAAUACAAUUACGGAAAAAAUUGAUGAAAAACUAAAACCUAUUCUAGAAGAAAACAAAAAUUUGCAAAAGAAAGUUGAAAACCUGGAGAAAAAAGUGGAGUAUUUGGAGAGAGAAAAAAAAGCCAACAACAUAAUCAUUCAUGGGUUGAAGGAAGAGGAGACAUCCACGCUGGAGCUAGUUAAACAAGUGAAAGAAUGCUUUUCAAAGGAUUUAAAUAUAAAAAUAGAGGACUGGGAUAUUAAUAAAAUAUACCGUAUUGGGAAUAAUAAUAAGACUGGGAAACCCAAGCCUACGCUUCUAUCACUAGUAAGUAAAUGGAAAAAGAGUGAAAUCAUGAAAAAUAAAAAGAAACUCAAGGAGAUAUAUGUUACGGACGAUUACUCAAAGGAAACUCUAGAAAAGAGGAAAGCCCUACAACCCAAGCUUACAGAAGAACGGGAAAAGGGAAAUAUUGCCUUUAUAAAGUACGAUCAACUGAUAAUCAAGAAUACCAUCAAUACUAAAGAUAAAAGAAAAAGGGAAAUAUCUACCUCCCCGCAAAACGAUUCUCAGCCAAGGAAACAACAAACAUUAAUGAAUGCAUCUAAUAAUUAUCGAAUAAAUGCGUUUGAUAUAAUGAGAGGCCGUUCUUUAUCUCUCUCCAGCAACUCUGCUACCAACGAACAAUAG